AGUUUUUUAUAUCGACUAUGCAAUGCAUCGACACAAUGCUUUGAAUGACUGACUGCCGUGAGCUCAUGAUCCUAGCAGCUGUUUUGACCUCCUUCUGCAGAGCUUUCUUUCUAUUCUUGUUUUCUCUUCUGAGUGUGACAUUUGUCUACGAGUGUGGCAUCUCUCAGCUCCUUCUCUCUCUGUCUCAGGUGUACAUAUUUGAGAAUAAUAUUUACUAUCAGCCAGAUGUGAAGAGCAGUUCUCUCAGACUGACGUCAUCGGGGCGAGAUGGCCUCAUAUUUAAUGGAAUAAAUGACUGGCUUUAUGAGGAGCAGAUCCUGCACUCUUCAGCCGCUCACUGGUGGUCUCCAUCAGGCUCCAGUCUGGCAUUUCUCACCAUCAACGACACUCUGGUGCCCAACAUGCAGCUGCCGCGUUUCACAGGGACACUUUACCCUCGCGGACACCAGUAUCCAUACCCGAAGGUACGCAGACAGCCGUAUGUCUGCUGUCCUGCUGUUGAAUGUGUAUCUUAG